AUGCCUGCUGGAUCACAAGAACAAUGUCAAUUAGUAGUUCCAAAUGAUAAUUCUACCGUAACAUGUAAGAGUGAUGAUGAUGAUCAAUAUAAACAAUUCUUAAUUGAGCAAUCAUCUCAAUCAUCAAAUCAUGUUAUGACAACAAUAUCAUCGGCAACAAGUGAAAAUGAAAAUAAUAAUUAUAGUCAACAACUUCGAACAACAGAUGUACGAAUCAAUUUAAUUGAUUGUAUGAAGUGUUAUGUUAAAAUUCCACGAUGUAAGAUCGAACAACAAAUAUAUGAUCCUAAUGCACAUGUUCAAAUAAAACUUGAUCGUGAAAUACAAGAGUAUAGAGAAGAACAAGAAUUAGCAUCACAAACACAAGACAAUCAAGCAACAUCAGAAACUGUAGGAGAAAAAGAAAAAGAAAUAGAAGACGAAAAUGAUGGCUUCAUAGAUUAUUUAGAUGAUUAUAAUCCAAUGAAUACUUUUAUCAUUGUUGAUUUACCAUGGCCACAAGCAGCAGAGUGA